CAGAUGUCAGCUGUUGUUGCCGCGGCAGCUGCAGCUGCUGCAGCUGCCACAACUGGAGCUUCAACCAAUUCAACUACCCAUCACACCCAACAAGAUCUAUCCAUGGCAACAACAACAACAACAACAACACCAAGCAGAUAUGAAUCACAGAAGCGUCGAGAUUGGAACACUUUCGGACAGUAUCUGAAGAACCACCGCCCACCACUUGCACUCUCUCGGUGUAGUGGAGCACAUGUCUUGGAAUUCCUCCGUUACCUAGACCAGUUUGGGAAGACAAAGGUGCACUCUCCCUCUUGCCCUUUCUUUGGUCAUCCACACCCACCUGCACCUUGCCCUUGCCCACUCAAACAAGCAUGGGGUAGCCUUGAUGCCCUAAUCGGCCGACUUCGUGCUGCCUUUGAAGAACAUGGAGGUCAACCAGAAGCAAACCCCUUUGGUGCACGCGCCGUAAGGUUGUACCUUCGAGAGGUUCGUGAUACACAAGCUAAGGCAAGAGGAAUUGCUUAUGAGAAAAAAAAGCGAAAGAGGCCAUCACUACAAGGGCAAGCUAAUAACUCACUUGGGAUUGAUGGAAGCAGCAGCAACAGCAACUGCAAUAUCCACCAUGAAACUGAUGAGGGAGUGAUCAUGUCAACUUCCUUAUCUGUUCUUAAUUAGUUUGAUCAAAAUAGACUU